UUGAUUGAAAUCUAUUUUUAUUUUCAAAAAAGUAGAAAAUGCCGGUAUCAAAGAACGGAACUUUCAAGGUAUCCAUUGUAAAUUCAAAAACACAGAGAGAAUUUACAGAAUUGGUAACUCCAGAGAAGAAAAACUACAUCUGAGUAGAAAACAACCAGCCAUUUAAGAUUAACAUAAUAGCAGAUAAUGAGCACACUGACAAGUCCUUCGGAUGCCACCUCUAUCUGGAUGGCAAGAUAGUCAAAGGUAAGAAAACCUUUAGAGCAAAAGGGUGGUUCCAUGGAUUCAAGCAAGGAGGAGGAAAAUUCAGAGAGUUCCUCUUCAGUAUUCCCCCUCAAGGAGAAGAAGAGAAGAAGGAAGUGCAAGAAGUUGAUAGCUCCAUCGAUAUCGAUAACUUUGGUAACACUAUAUAUAAGAGACCAGAAUACCUCGGGUCAGAGUAUUUCGGAACUGUACAUCUCAGAUUCUUUAAAUGCAAAGAGGGGAAAAUGAAACCAGCAAAAGCAAUGAAUAAUGCCUUUAAUAGCUCUUUUCAUCAAGCUUCAAGAACAGGGGAUGUCAAAGUAGCAUAUAAGAGUAUGAGUGUCAAGGAAGGAGAAUGCUUUGAAUUCAAAAGUGCACCUUUUAAGAGAAGAAAGAUCGAGCAAGAGGAUAAAGGAUGGGGUAAUGAUGACAAAGAAAAUAAGCCAAUUGAGAAGCCUAGAAUGUUCAAAGAAUAUAUCAUUCUCGAAAGAAAAGGUCCUGUUGAUGAAGUAACAAUCCAUUAUGGUGAUAUUGCAGCUCUACAAGUACUUGGAAUUAUUAGUUUAGACAACUAUCAACAUUUGAUGAUGAUUCCACCUCCCCUCUUAGCUGAAGCUAGUUAUGUAAUCAAGGUAUUCAAGACAAUAGUUGACACAAAAUAAGAAGAUUCACAUAAAAGACUGCGGGUUAGAAUUCCACCAAGCUACUGCUUGUAAACUUGAUGACUUAUUUCUCAAUGUUGAAGAAGAGUUACCUGAAUUCUUCAAGAUAAAGUCAGACAUCUUCCAUUUUGCUCAUAAUGGAGUGAUUACACUAAAUAAAUUUUACAAAGAACAUUCAGUAUCUUCAAGAAGACUCAAGGGAGGUAGAAGCCAUAAGAAAGUCCAGAAGUUAAACCAACCACCUGAAGUAAUUGAGAUUGAUUAA